ACCAUAACAAACAGAAAACAUAUCAAACUGGAAGCAAUACAAAUUAGGAUGAUGAUGAAAGGCACAAUUGUUUGAGCUAACACUUAGACCUGUAUUGCACAGCCCUGGAGAUGAAGAUGGAGACUGGAGAUGAAAUUGCAAUUGUGGGGAUAGGAUGCAAUUUCCCUGGAGGUGAUGGAAUUGACAACUUCUGGAAGGUCCUGGAGGAAGGCAAAAACUGCACAGUAGAAAUUCCCCCUGAGAGAUUUAAUGCCAGAGAUUGGUAUGAUCAAGAUGAUAACAAGCCAGGAAAGAUAUGUACAACACGAGCUGCUCUUCUUAAUGAAUUUAAUUCAUUUGACAACCACCUGUUUGGGAUCAAUAAUACAGAAGCUGAACGCAUGGAUCCGCAGCAGAAGUUAUUGAUAGAGUGCACGUACAAAGCCCUGGAGGAUGCUGGAGUCCCCGUAGAAGCUGUCAGUGGCACCAAAACAGGGGUUUUUAUUGGGCUCAUGAAUCGAGACUAUGAAAUUGUAACAAGCAGAGCAGUGAGUGAAAUAAAUCACUAUGACGGCACGGGAACAGCGAUGAGCAUUGCUGCUAACAGGGUGUCAUUCACCUUUAAUCUGACUGGACCAUCACUGGCUGUUGACACUGCAUGUUCAUCUUUUCUUUUUGCUCUGCACUACGCCUUGCGAGCAAUUAAAUCAGGAGACUGUGAGGCAGCAAUCUGUGGUGGAGUGAACUGCAUAAUAGACCCCCGCACCUUUGUAUCCCUCAGCAAAGCAAAAAUGAUCUCUCCAGAGGGAGUCAGCAAACCCUUCUCCAAAAAGGCCGAUGGCUAUGGAAGGGGAGAAGGCUGUGGUGUUGUUUUCCUCAAGCCACUGCAAAAGGCAAAGGAAGACUACAGCAAAAUCUGGGGUGUCAUAAACAUCAGUGCAGUAAAUCAGAACGGCAGGUCCAUGACUCCGAUCACAAGACCAUCUCGAAUCGAGCAAGAGAAGCUACUGCGCAGCGUCUAUGAGGUGCAUGUCGACCCGUCAGCUGUGCAGUACGUUGAAGCCCACGGUACAGGAACUGCCGCUGGAGACCCUACGGAAGCUGAAAGCCUGGGUAGUGUCAUUUGUAAAAACAGGUCUUCCCAAGUUUCCAUUCUGAAAGUGGGUUCAGUGAAAGGAAACAUUGGCCACACAGAAUCAGCUGCUGGAGCAGCGGGGUUAAUCAAAGUGCUUCUGAUGAUGCACCACGGAAAGAUCGUUCCAUCCUUGCACUACUCGAGGGAGACGAGCAGCAUCGACACAGAGAAACUGAACCUUGCAAUUCCCACGGCCGUAGAGCCCUGGGAAGAGUCCCGCGAGUACGGAAGAGUAGCUGGCAUCAACUGCUUUGGCUUUGGAGGAACCAAUGCUCACGUGGUAGUCAGGCAGGUGAAGCAGCUGGAGCCUCUUCCGGCCUUUAAGAGGCCUCUUGAAUUAGUUGUGCUGUCAGCAGCAUCGAGUAAGUCCCUUCAGCUGAGCAUGGCUGACACAGCUGCCGAGCUGAGCACGGGGAACUCGGUGACUCUCCCAAGCCUGGCCUACACAUCGGCCUGCAGAAGAAGCCACGCCAGCUACCGGUACCGCAAGGCGUUUGUCACCAAUUCUCUCCAACACCUGCAGCGAGAGGUUCUGUCGGCAGCCAGCACUACCGUGGCCACGUCAAAGGCGGAGCCGCAGCUGGUGUUUGUGUUCUGUGGCAACGGCGUGCCGCUGCGGGGCUUCAGCGAGGCCCUGCUGAGCUCAGAGCCCGUGUUCAGAGACAAGUGUAAGGCAAUAGAAGCGCUUUUUCAGAAGCAUGCUCCCAUCAGCCUCCUGCCAGCGAGAGCUCACAGCCCCCAGGAUUUGCUGAAUCCGCAGCUCGCCCAGCCCUUGCUCUUUACCCUGCAGGUUGCCUUGGCUUCCCUGCUGAGACACUGGGGCAUUGAGGCAGUCGCUGCUGUUGGCCACUCGGUGGGGGAAGUUGCCGCAGCUCAUUGUGCUGGGUACCUGUCCCUGGCAGAUGCGGUCAAAGUGAUUUAUCACCGGAGCCGUCUGCAGGCAAAGACGGCUGCUGGCAGGAUGCUGGUGGUCGGAAACAUCCCUGUGCAAGAGGUUGCUGAGCGUCUGCAUCCGUAUGCGGGACAGGUGUGCAUCGCAGCCUUCAACAGCCCCGUUUCCUGCACCUUGUCUGGGAGUGCAGACUCUGUGGAUGCUGUGCGGAGAGAUUUAGCUCAAGCUUUCAGCCAGAGAGACAUCUUCCUUCACGUCUUGAGCGUGCCAGCUGCGUACCACAGCCCCAGCAUGGACACGAUACUUGGGGAGUUGGAAGAGAGCAUCCGGCCUUUAGAAAAACAGCAGGGGGAAAUGGAAGUGGUGUCAACGCUGACAGGGGCGGCUGCUUUGGGAAGUGACUUUGCUGAGGGCAAGUUCUGGGCACGGCACACUCGUGAGCCUGUUGCUUUCACUCAAGCCAUCCAAAGUGUGGCUCGAGACAGGGAAAACGUGGUGUUUGUGGAAAUAGGUCCUCAGCGAGCUUUGCAGCGAAGCAUCAAGGAGACUCUUGGAAAAGGCACCAAGGUGUUCUCUUCCUUGCAAACUGAUGCCGAGUAUCAGACGCUCUUCACCCUGGUGGGAAAGCUCUUUGAACUGGGAUGUAAUCCGCGCUGGCAGCACCUGUAUGAUGGGUACCAGAGCAUCCCUGUGGCCAUUCCUCGGUAUCAGUUUGACCGCAAGAAGCUGAUGGCCUGUCUGGAUAUCCACCAGCAAGCAAACCAAAGAGGCGUCAGCUCCAGCCACCUUUUGCUUUACAGCACGAGCAGCGACAACACGGAGUUUGGCUGCCUGCUGUCCCAGGACACAACAUCGUACCUGUACGAGCACAAGCACAAUGGUGUGGCUUUAGUCCCUGGUACUUUGUAUGCGGAGCUUGGUCUGGCCUCUGUGCUGAGCGGCUCCAGUCCUAAAGUGCCCCUGAGCACUUGCCAGAUGAGUGUCAGUUUUUCUGCGCCGUGUGUUCUCACGCAGAGUUCCCAAGUCUUGAGCAUCAAGCUGAGUGCGCAAAAAGCAGCGACAGCCUUUGAGAUCCUCUCUUCCUCCAACGCAGUUUACGCCGCAGGCCAAGUUACCAAGGGGGCUGAGGCUGUGGUGGAAGAAAGCACCAUCUCCUUCCAAGAGAUCUUUCAAAGAUGCAGGGGGGUGGUUAGCAGAGAGGAGGUUUAUGAAGCGCUGUCUCAGGUUGGCUUCCAGUACGGCUCCGUCUUCAGGCAGCUCAGCGAUGUGCAUUAUUGCCAGGAACUAAAGGAAGCGAUCACAAGCAUCAAGGUGAACAAGGAGACCGCCCGAGAGAUGUACAACUACUGUAUCCACCCAGUGCUGCUCGACUGCUUUCUGCAGAUGACCGCUGUCAUGACGUCAAAGACGCUCCAGUGCCGAGCGGGCUUUCCCUCAGGGAUAGGCAGCCUGGUGGUGCUCCGACCGCUGGAGGAAGAAAUGAUGAUCUAUAUGAGAACGAGCAAGGCCUUUGGGAACUGCCUAGAGGUCUGUGGGUGCUUCAUGGACAAGCGUGGCACUGUUUUGGCUGAGCUGAAGCGCGUGGCCAUCACUUUCAUGAAGCAAGCGUCUUCCCGAGAGAAUGAGCUCAUGUUUGAGAGCAAGUGGAAAGAAGUCUGUGUUUCACAGGCGACUGGACAUGUGGGGGCUAUGCCCAGAGUGCUGGUGUUUGCUGACCAAUUUGGGGUAGCAGAGCGGCUGAAAAAGUAUUUGCAUCCUGAUUCGAGAUACGUUAAGUAUGAAGAGUGGGAAAGGCUCUUGGAAAGCCCCACUGUGAAGCAAAUGAGAGCAGAGGUUGAGGAUUAUGAUGAAAUUCUGUUCCUGUGGGGAAUUCAAAAGUUAAACGAAGAUGUCCCAAGCCAAGGGGUAGACCAAUUGGCAAAGUGUUGUGAAGCCUAUCGCCAAGUUAUUGUGGCACUGAGGGAGAAAAGGUCCCACUGCUCAGUCCGAGUGAUCACCUACAGGACAUCAGAAAGGUACGUCGACCACGUGAGCUGUGGCUUUGCAUUGUAUGGCAUGACCAGAACUUGUGUCCUUGAGGUUCCAGAAAUCACAUUUCAGAUAAUUGACCUGAGCUCUUGCAGUUCGCUGGACAUCUCAGUGCUGGCAGACGUUCUUGUCAAAUACAAAGGUGAGGACUACCCAGAGCUUUGCAUCAGCCAAGGAAGAACUUACGUGGCUGAAGUCUGCCGCACACCUUUUGUCGAUGCAGAAUAUGGCCAGGCCGUAAGAGCUGCCCAGCAGUCAGAAGCCUUCGCUUUGUACACGUCUGAUCCGUACACAGCCAAAGACUUGUCUGCGGAAUUGUGCAGCAGCACUGCUCCUCAGCUUGACGCACACGGCGUGGAAAUUCAAGUGGAUAAAAUAUGUCUCCACUCAGAAGAUUAUUUUCCCAUCAGUGUUUCUAGUCGCAGCUUUGGGAACACACUGUAUUGGAAUUCACAAGUAGUAGACAAGCACGGACUUUUAGCUCUCGAUUUCAGUGGCACGGUUACAGCCACAGGCAGUGCCGUGAAGAGGCUUCAAGUGGGAGAUCACGUGGCUUCCUGCUACCCAGCUGCUGCAUCAUCCCGAGUUUGGAUUCCAGGAGCAGUGUGUUUCAAGGUAAAGAAGUUCCCGUGCUUUCAGAAUGUGCCUUGUGUGUCCUACUUUAUCAUGGCGUGGGAGAUCUUCACUCAGCGGUUACCCAAGGGGAAACGUGGCAGAACACUGGGUGUCAUUUCUACAGAGCCGUCGUCAGUUUUGUGCCACGUCCUUUGUGUGGCAGCAGAAGAGAUGGGCUGGAGAACAGUGCUUGCCAGGCCCACGCCAGAGAAGCUGCAGUAUAUAAACAUGUGCCAUGCCCUUGUGGUUCUUCCCCCAGUAAACAGACUGUCUCCGGAGGAUCUGUCCCACAUGCACUUUCUCCGAGAUGUGGUGAUAGUGUGUGGCAAUCGACAGCCCACGUGUCUGCAGGCUGUCGGUGGAAUUGAUCAUGAAAACAUCAGCUUCCAUGUGCUUACGCUUGCCAGCAUUUUCCAGAAAGCCCCUCUGAAGCAACUGCAAAAGGCCGUGCAGGCGUGGGUCAGUUCCAUGGAUAUGAAACCAUUUCGACGGCUGCCAGGUUCUGUGUUUCAGCAGAGGGGCAGCUUUGAAAGGAUGAACUGUGUGUUGUCCUAUUUCAGCUGCCAGUCUGUCCCGCUUGCUGUCCUGAGGAGGCAGAGAGACACCCCCGUGCUGUCAGACAUCCCGCUGUACGAAGCCCAGAAGCAGCUGUUCAAGCAGCACGCUGUUUACGUGGUAGUCGGGGGGCUCACUGGGCUGGGCUUUGAAACGGUGAAAUUCAUAGCCGAGAAUGGAGGAGGGUGCAUUGCAAUACUCUCCCGGAGCAACCCAAGCAGUGAGAAGCAAGGAGAGCUGAAGGCUUUGCAGCAGCAGCACAAAGGCUGCAAGGUGGCGUUUGUGCAGUGUGAUGUGACUUUGAGCAGCGCCGUGGAGAAAGCUUUCCAGUCCAUCGCGACCGUCUUUGCCGGGACUCCAGUCAAAGGUGUAUUUCAGAGCGCCGUCGUUUUACACGACGGCCACCUUGAAGUCCUGACCCUGGCUGACUUUCAGAAAGUGCUGAGCCCCAAGGUAGCAGGGACCCUAAAUCUUCAUUGGGCUACCAGAGGCCAGCAGCUUGACUACUUUGUGUGCUACUCCUCUGUUACAUCCUUUCUGGGGAAUUCCACCCAGGCAAACUACGCAGCUGCAAACUCUUUCCUGGAUGCCUUCUGCCUCUACAGGAGGAACUGUGGGCUUUCAGGCCAGUCCAUUAACUGGGGUGCUUUGAACCUCGGCGUGCUGCUCAAUCAAAGCCAUAUUCAGAACAUUCUGGGAUUUAAGGGCAUAGAGGUUCUGCAGGUGCAUGAAAUCCACGAGUACCUCAGGAAGAGCUUGCUUCGGAACAACCCGCAGCAAGCCGUCAUCAAGCUGAACUUUCAAGCUUUGUUGCAUCACGUCUUUUCUCGGAUUACUUCCCUCAAAAGUCGCUUCAUCUCCCUCAUGUCAGAAGAAUUCAGGAACAAGCUUGAAGUCUCUGAGUCAGCUCCAGGCCAGGAUAGUGCCUUAAUCAAAUCUGAAGACUACAUCACGUCGCUGGUGAGUGACCUCACCGGCCAGAGCGCGGAUGAGCUGACGAUGAAUACGCCGCUGUCAUUGCUGGGCGUAGACUCUAUGUUAGCUAUGACAAUUCAGAACCGUGUCUUCCAAGAGAGAAAGGUGGACAUACCUCUUCUGAAACUGCUUGAUCCUCACACAACUCUGUCGAGUUUAGUAGUGGUUUUAGAGGAAACAAGCGAUGCAAAUAGAAGCGUUGAGAACAAAAGCACUGUGGUUGAGGGUGCAGAAAAUGGGAGCUGGCUAUAGGAGUCUUCUCACCCAGGAACUGUGUAACUUUCAAGAUACCUGAAUCCUUUGUAGCACCUCAGAGUGUGCAGGGUAGGACAUCUGGUGAUGCUUAACGUGCUCUUGUUCAUUGAUCCAGAAAUCCCCACAGCAGGUUAUUCUGCCGUUGUACUAGCUGUAUUAAUUUUAGUCAAUUAUUUGACUUGUUC